AUGAAGACGCUCUCCUCCGUCUUUAUCACUGUGGUCGCACUUGUCUUGGCCGUUUACAACAACGAGUUGAUGCUCACAAAAGUGACGAGACAAAUCACACCCAUCACACGUUUCACCAACCACUUCUUCAAUUUAACCAACAACAUGUCAACCAACACCAAGUUUCGCGGUCUGCCUGUUAUCCCAGAUGAACCUCUCACUACAAAUACUCCUCGAAAGAUCGCACAGUCUUUCCUCGCAGUUGAGCAAGCAGAGGGUGCAGGCGCAAGGGUGCGGCGCAGCAUUGGAACCCCCAAGCUGCGCAACUUGACCCCCUUCCUCAUGCUCGACCACUUCACCAUACCGCCUGGCGCUGGCUUUAGUGACCAUGGACAUCGGGGGAUGACCACGGUUACAUACGUGCUGUCCGGUGGCGUAGACCACGAGGAUUUCGCCGGCAACAAGGGCACCAUAUCCGAAGGCGAUUUGCAGUUCAUGACAGCCGGGCGAGGAAUCGUCCACGCCGAAAUGCCAAGGCAAAACGAGGAUGGCACGGCGAAUACAGGAAUGCAAUUAUGGGUUGACCUCCCCAAGGAGUUGAAAUCAUGCGAACCACGAUACAGGGAUGUUCGCGCGAGUGAGAUUCCUGAGGCAACGGCAGAUGACGGCAAGGUGCAUGUCAAGAUCAUAAGCGGCAAAGCGUACGAGACAGAGAGUCUGCAAGAGUUGGCACCCACGCCAGUUUGGCUUCUCGACUUCACCGUUCAACCCGGUGGCAAAGUCAAACAGGCGCUACCAAAAGGCUGGAACGCAUUCGCCUACCUUCUCAACGGCACAACGAUCUUUUCCUCGGGAGGCGUGUCAAGACCCAUUCCGCAAUAUCACAACGUUGUGUUUGAGAAAGAGGGAGAUAGCAUCGAGGCGCAGGUUGAGGAGGGUGCAGAACAAGCUUCAAGAUUUCUACUUGUGGCUGGAAUGCCACUGGAUCAACCCAUUGUUCAAUAUGGUCCUUUUGUAGUAACGUCGAGAGAUGAGGUCAUGCAGGCAUUGAUGGAUUAUCAGACGCAUUCAAAUGGAUUUGAGCGUGCGAAGGGUUGGGAGAGUGAGAUUGGGAAGAGCAUGGCUUCUUAA